AUGUUUAAAUCAAUAUCGACAAUUGCUACACCUAUAUUUACAGUAGGUGCUAUAAUGACAAUCAACAACAAUAUAAUACACAAUGAAUCCAAACGUAGUUUUUAUGAAGAUGAUACAAAUGUUGUACCAAUUCCAGGAACAGUUGUACCAGCACCAGCAUCAGAAAUUGAAUCAUUAGGUAAUAAUAAAUUAAUAGAUGGAAUAUCUGUACGAACUACAAAACCAACUGAAAAUUUCUUUAAAGGAAUAAGAGAAUUUGCAUCAACUCAAUUUACAGAUUUUAGUCAUUGGAUAAACCAUAAAUAUACAAAAUUCGACGAUACUGAAAGAUUCGUUACUACCACAGUUAGUGAUUUACAUUACAAGAAAGAAGACCUUUUACCAAAUGGUAUAUAUGUGAUAAUUGGUACAUUAACAGGUGUUAUAGCAGCAAGACCUAGAGGGAUAAUUUCCAAGAUUUCAUUUCCAAUAAUAACUGGAUUAUUAACAUUUAAAUAUUUCUUACCAGUUACUUUUGAUAACACAACUGGUUUCUUAUGGCAUUUAGAACAAAAAAAUAUCCCACAAAUUGCCAUAAAACAAGAAGAAGCUUAUCAAAGUACUAUAAAUUUGGCUAAAUCAAUUGAGAAAACUACUGAAAGUGGUAUACAAUCAGUUGAAAAUGGUGCUCAUUCUUUAAGAAAAUCAAUUGCUGAUAUAACUGGAUUAAAUUUAGAUGAAGAAGUAUCUAAAAAAAAAUAA